GACAGAAGCCGAACCUGCCAUGGGCAGCCUCUCUGACAAGAUGGGUCAUCUUCCUCUUCCCCUGCUGAUCUUCCUCCUUUGCUCCACAUCUGAAGCCGGGGAGAUCAUCGGGGGCACAGAAUGCAAGCCUCACUCCCGCCCCUACAUGGCCCACCUGGAAAUUACCACUCCCCAGAAUUCAGUGGUGCAUUGUGGUGGUUUUCUGAUAAGACGGAACUUUGUGCUGACAGCUGCUCACUGUGAAGGAAGGUCUAUAAUGGUCACCCUUGGAGCCCAUAACAUAACAAAGAAAGAAGACACAUGGCAGAAGAUUAAGGUCAUGAAACAAUUCCCUCAUCCAAAAUUUGAUUACAUUCUUGCUCAUCAUGACAUCAUGUUACUAAAGUUGAAUGAGAAAGCCAACCUGACCCUGGCUGUGGGGACACUCCCCCUUCCACCCCAGUUCAACUUCAUCCCACCUGGGAGAAUGUGCCGGGUGGCUGGCUGGGGAAUAACAGAAGUGGAGAAAUCAGGCUCUGACACUCUGCAAGAGGUAAAGCUGAGACUCAUGGAUCCCCAGGCCUGCGGACACUUCAGAACUUUUGACCACAAUCUCCAGCUAUGUGUGGGCAAUCCCAAAAAGGCAAAAUCUGCAUUUAAGGGAGACUCAGGAGGUCCUCUUCUGUGUGCUGGGGUGGCUCAAGGCAUUGUCUCCUAUGGAAAGGAGACUGCAAAGUCCCCUGCUGUCUUCACCCGGAUCUCCCAUUACCGGCCCUGGAUCAAUAAGAUCCUGAAGAAGAAUUAACCCUGGAGUCUGGGCCAGCCCAAGAGGAAAUCUGAACCAAAUCUGAGCAGAUUCUCUGUACCACAUACUCUGGUUCCUGCUAAAGUCCUGGCACACCCAUCAUCCUCAAGAAGAUUCCUCUAGGUCACUAAACUCUCAAUCAACCUCAAUAAAGACUCAAGU